AUGCAGCAUCAUCAUCCAACCGGAAGCGCCAAUGGCAUUGAGAUUGCAAAGCAACUUGCUGUAGGUUCCCAGGAUGUGGGCAUCUUGAAGCCUGCUCAUACUCUUCACAGCUAUGGUGUCUCUCGCGUCUUCUCCCAGCAAUGUGGCUAUGUAUUGUCCGACGCGCAAAUUGCCCAGAGUAACAUGAGAGCGCUCCUCAAAGCCGUUCGUACCUCGGAGUUAGAUCCUAACGCUGGGAAAGCGCGCUCCGACCAGCUCGUCAUUCAAGAUGACCCAGCGUUCCUCCCAGAUCUCGCCCUUCCGGGACUCGACAUUGACUUAUCUGCGCUCGAUAUCUCUACGGACGACUCUUCUCGCCGUUCCAGCAUACUAUCACCCCAUUCACAGCGCUCUAGCCUUUCAAGCCAUGCUGAAGCUGACGAGUCAAUGCUCGGCCUCGUAAUACCUAGCUCUGGUAGCGGAGGUGCUGGAGACCUGGGCGGGUUCAUCCUUCCGGGUGAGAAUGUCAGCUCAGCUCAACGUAGUGCACGGAUCGGCCGUCUGUUGGACGACGAAGACGAAGGCUUUAACAUCGAUCCCGGCUUCACCAUUGACGCCGAUGGCAAUUUGGUGGAAGAGCCUACUCCUGGACCAGGUGCUGCUCUGGCUGGCGGCAUACGGCUAGGCAGUGAUUCUGCCGCCAGUGCUCGUGUGCGUCAAGAACUAAUGGAAGGUCACCAAGCUGGCCGAUUGGAGCCCGGUGCAAUGGACCUCGACCUUGACCUUCCCCAAAUCGACGACGACAUCGUCCUGCCUGACGCCGAGGCUUUUCCAACAACCGCACUUCAAGCUCCUGCCGGCUCUGGAAUCCUCGGUCCUUCGUCGGGUGUACAUGAAGAACAAGAAUCGUCUGAGUCUGCAGAUGCUCCUCUGCAGCAUAAGCGUCGAACACCUAAAACAUUGCCAGUGGAUGAAAUGCAGGAGCUCCACAAUACUGACCUCACCCAAUGGAAGACCGACUACCUUGCGAACAUGGCCGAGGCAACCGCAGCCAAAAGGAGCCACAAAGCUCCUGUCCUCGCAAAGAAGAAUGCUGCUUUCUGGGUCGUCGGAGCUGGCAUUGGCGGUGUAGGUGCUGGAUUAGGCAGCUCAAAGCUCCAAAGUCCUCUGGAUAUGUUUGCAGGCGAAGCCAUGAUGGAAGCUUUGACAGGCGUCAGAAUCUCUAUCGCUGGACAGAAGAGAGGACGUGAUGACGAGGAAGACCACGACUCUGGUAGCGAAGCCCGACGCGUACGGAUCAGAGACGGCGACGGGGCUCAGAUCGGCCGUGGAGACGACAUGAUGUUGGAUGACGACGGGACAAUAAUGAUCUCAGGCAACGAUGAAGUCGAGGUUGGGCGUCAUGCUCCGCCAGCACUCGAAGAUCCUUCUAUGCCAUGGAAUAUCAGCUCAGCCGUCGGCUCUCGUCAAGGCUCCGUCAUCCGUGGUCGUGGCUUCGCCGGCAGUAUUGGCGGGUUCCCUACGAGUGCUGGCGCUCCUAGCUCUUUACCACCCGUUGCUGCUGGUCCCAGCUCACAGGAUAGACGCGCCAGUCGAAUCCUCAGCGCCAGUCCUCUCCUCGGCCGCGGGCGCCAACGUUACAGCAGUCUUGAAAACUUUCCUGUUGAAGAUGAUGACGAGCUUCUCGGUGGUCGCCAGAUCUCUGAUGAUCAAGCCCUUGACGACUUCCAGCUUUAUGGUCCCGCUGCCGCCGUUGAUACUCAAACAGCUGGACAGUCACAAUGGAUGAGAGCAACACUGAAUCAAGAGGCCAACAAUUUCCUAGAAUUCGUCAAAGCCGAAAUCACGGCCCUUCCCGCCCAUGCAAGCGAUGAUGAGGAUGAGCUUGCCGGAGAUGGUCUUUCAAAGUUUUCCGCGUCCUUCGAACGAUUACUGCCGCCUACACAACACAGUAAGAUCGUCGCAGCUCAAGCACUGCACCACCUUCUCGCUCUUGCCACGAAGAGCCUGAUCACUGUUCGUCAAGUGUUGCCGUAUGGCUCCAUUGAUCUCAGCCUGCCAGCUGGGGUCUGA